AUGGAUCAUGACAGUGCCCUCGCUCCAUUUAACAGCGCCCCAGAAGAGGAAGUGAUACUUGGAGGACCCCGGGAUCAGUUAAAUUCUCCCACCAGUUUCGUUGACGGUUCCAUGAUUUACGGAAGUGAUCUCCACACCGUUCAAUCACUGCGACUAUUCCAAAACGGUUUGAUGAGGUUUCAAAGAGAUUCAGAGAGAAAUGUCAUUUUACCACGAUCUCGAAACGCUAGAGGCGAUUUGUGUAGUGAUCCAGGAAAUAGAUUAUUCUGCUUUGACGCAGGAGAUCGUUGGUUGAAUGAACAUCCAGCCUUAACAGCUUUACACACCAUAUUCAUUAGAGAACACAACAGAAUUGCGAGAGAACUGAGAAAAAUAAACCCUUGCUGGAAUGAUGAGAGGCUGUUUCAAGAAGUCAG